GAGCCUAUACUGGGCCGUAAAACUGGGAUAAAAAUGGGCCAAUAACCAAGAAAAUGGAGUUGGAGAUGGUCUCCGUCACCACCGGGUUUUAAGCCGCGAACUCAGUAAUGAAUAUUAUGAUUUCAAAUACAGCGAUCGGUAGUCACGAGGGAGAAGGGAGAGAAAGAGCACAGAGAUGACGUCAGAGAAGAGAUUCAUCUACGAGGUGGAAGCUGCUAAGGAAGCCACCGAUGGAAAACCCUCCAUUGGUCCUGUCUAUCGCAGUACUUUGGCCAAAGACGGAUUCCCUGACCCGAUCGACGGUAUCCACAGCUGUUGGGAUAUUUUCCGCACGGCUGUUGAGAAAUAUCCAAACAACCGAAUGCUUGGCCAACGUGAGAUUGUGAACGAAAAGGCAGGAAAGUACGAGUGGAAAACAUACAAAGAAGUAUAUGACAUUGUCAUUAAACUUGGGAAUUCUCUUCGCAGCUGCGGGUUUGAGGAGGGAGGAAAAUGUGGUAUCUAUGGUGCAAAUUGUCCUGAAUGGAUCAUAAGCAUGGAGGCCUGUAAUGCACACGGCCUCUAUUGUAUCCCUCUAUACGAUACAUUAGGCGCUGGUGCAGUGGAGUUCAUUAUUUCUCACGCAGAGGUUGCAAUUGCUUUUGUGGAGGAGAAGAAAAUCCCUGAGCUUUUUAAGACAUGUCCAAACUCUACAAAAUAUAUGAAGACUGUUGUGAGCUUUGGUGGCGUCAAACCGGAACAGAAAGAAGAAGCUGAAAAGUUGGGUUUGGUAAUACAUGCUUGGGAUGAGUUCUUGAAGUUGGGUGAAGGUAAACAAUAUGAGCUUCCGGUUAAAAAGAAAAGUGACAUAUGCACGAUUAUGUAUACUAGCGGAACCACUGGUGACCCAAAGGGAGUUCUAAUUUCAAACGAGAGCAUUGUUACUAUAACAACUGGAGUGAUGCAUUUCCUACAGAGUGUGAACGAAUCACUAACUGAGAAGGAUGUAUAUAUUUCGUAUCUUCCUCUUGCUCACGUCUUUGACCUGGCUAUCGAGGAAUGUAUCAUUCAAGUGGGUGGUUCAAUUGGUUUCUGGCGCGGGGAUGUCAAGCUGUUGAUUGAAGACCUUGGGGAGCUAAAGCCAAGUAUUUUCUGUGCUGUUCCCCGUGUCCUAGACCGAGUAUACACAGGGCUGCAGCAGAAAUUAUCUGUUGGCGGUUUCUUCAAGAAGAAGGUUUUCAAUGUUGCAUUUUCCUAUAAAUUUGGAAAUAUGAAGAAGGGACAGUCUCACGUCGCGGCCGCUCCAUUCUGUGACAAACUUGUCUUCAACAAGGUUAAACAAGGACUGGGAGGAAAUGUGAGGAUUAUUCUAUCUGGAGCAGCUCCUCUUGCUAGUCACAUAGAGUCAUUUCUUAGAGUUGUGGCAUGUUGUCAUGUUCUACAAGGAUAUGGUCUAACUGAGAGCUGUGCUGGAACAUUUGUCACGUUCCCAGACGACCUGGACAUGCUUGGUACAGUUGGUCCACCUGUGCCAAACGUAGAUAUACGCCUGGAAUCUGUACCGGACAUGGAAUAUGAUGCUCUUGGAAGUACCCCGCGGGGCGAAAUCUGCAUCCGUGGGAAAACCCUUUUUUCUGGGUACCACAAACGUGAAGACCUCACAAAAGAGGUUCUUAUUGAUGGAUGGUUUCACACAGGUGAUGUUGGUGAGUGGCAACCAGAUGGAAGCAUGAAGAUAAUUGACCGGAAAAAGAACAUAUUCAAACUAGCUCAAGGAGAGUAUGUUGCAGUUGAGAGUUUAGAAAACGUCUACGGUCAAGUAGAGGCCAUUGAUUCAGUAUGGGUGUAUGGGAACAGCUUUGAGUCCUUCCUUAUCGCAGUUGUUAACCCGACUCAGCGAACUCUUGAAAGCUGGGCCGUAGAGAACGGAGUUGAUGGAGACUUCAACUCUAUCUGUCAAAAUGCAAAAGCAAAAGCAUUCAUACUUGGAGAACUUGUUAAGGCAGGCAGAGAGAGAAAGGUUUUGAGAUCAUUAGAGCUGUUCAUUUGGAACCGGUGGCUUUCGACAUUGAAAGAGAUCUUCUUACUCCUACCUACAAAAAGAAGAGGCCUCAAUUGCUCAAAUACUAUCAAAAUGUGAUUGAUGAGAUAUACAAGGCUGCAAAGGAAGGUCAAGGUUCAGGACAGUAGAUUCCUUCUACUAUAUAUUCAACAUUACCUUUUCUUUCUUUUCCAUGAUCGGGCAUGCCUUUCUUCAUUAAGGUUCUCUAAAUAAGCUUUUGUUAAUGUCUUGAGAUAUUACAUAGCAUCUUAACAUGCUACUACUUUUGUUAAUAUUUUAGGAUGUUUCAUAGCAUCUUGACAUGCUACUUCAUCUCUUACUUUAUACUUUUAUUUCGAAAGCCCAACUUGAUUGUUUGUAGUUUUUGGUUUAGUUUUUGGUUUUUGUUUUUGUAAAAACCAUUUUUUAUCCAAUCAAGUUUUAGCUUUUAGUUUUUGUUUUUGUAAAAACCAUUUCACUUGCCAAUCAAGUUUUUUUUAACAAAUAGAUUCCCUAAAAUUUAGGGAAACUAGUUUUCCAAAAUUUCAACCAAUUUAUGAAGAAAAGCCAAAAACCAACUUUUGUGGGUUUUCAAUGUAAAAACGAAUUUUGUUUAUUUUAUAUAAAAUACUAUAUUUUAAUUAAUUAAUAAUUAAGAGGUUGAUUGUUUGUGGUUUUUGCUUUAGUUUUUGGUUUUUGUUUUUGCAAAAACCAUUUUUCAUCCAAUCAAGUUUUAGUUUUUAGUUUUUGUUUUUGUAGAAACCAUUUGAUUUGCCAAUCAAGAUUUCUAAUAAAUAGAUUCCCUAAAAUUUAGGGAAACUAGUUUUUGAAAAGUUUAACCAAUUUGUGAAUAAAAACCAAAAACCAACUUUUGUGAGCUUUUAAAAGGAAAAACGAAUUUUGAUUUUUUUUUGGAUAGAAACUACAACAUUUAAUUAAUUAAUAAUUAAUAAAUAA